UCGGCUGCGGCUGACUUGCGAUUAGUUCCCACUCUGGCGGUUCGGUCCUCACCUGCUGCUAACCCAUUUCCUUUCCAGACGUCUUCAAUGUGUUUCGACGUUUCUCAACAGUAGCAGCAGCAGAGGCGGACACCUGUCGCUCUUCAGGUUUAACAAUGACAGGACGAUGGAGCUGUCGUCUUACGGUUGUGCUGGUCUACAUCAUCGCGCUGCACACAAGGUCCAAAGGCGAUUCCAAUGCAACACGCAAAGACAUCGCAACGUUCACGAAGAUCCUGGACAGUCUACUGGAUGGAUAUGACAACAGGUUAAGACCGGGCUUGGGAGAUCGUGAGACAGAAGUCAAGACGGACAUCUAUGUGACCAGUUUUGGCCCAGUGUCAGACACAGACAUGGAAUACACUGUAGAUGUUUUCUUCCGUCAGAGCUGGAAGGAUGAGCGACUGAAGUUUCAUGGCCCAAUGAACAUUCUGCCUCUCAACAACUUGAUGGCCAGUAAGAUCUGGACUCCGGAUACUUUCUUUCACAAUGGAAAGAAGUCUGUGGCCCACAAUAUGACAAUGCCCAACAAACUAUUGAGGAUUAUGGAGGAUGGAACGCUGCUCUACACCAUGAGGCUAACAGUUCAGGCUGAAUGUCCCAUGCACCUGGAAGACUUUCCCAUGGACUCUCACUCAUGUCCUCUCAAGUUUGGCAGCUAUGCCUACACAAAGAAUGAAGUUACUUAUAUUUGGACGCGGAAUGCCUCCCAGUCUGUGGAUGUGGCGGCUGACGGAUCCAGACUCAACCAGUAUGACUUGGUGGGCCAAACAGUCGGGAAGGAGACCAUUAAAUCCAGCACCGGUGAAUACACUGUCAUGACUGCCCACUUCCACCUGAAGAGGAAAAUUGGCUAUUUCGUGAUCCAGACCUAUUUGCCUUGCAUCAUGACAGUAAUCCUUUCCCAGGUCUCUUUUUGGCUCAAUCGAGAGUCUGUUCCAGCCAGAACUGUAUUUGGUGUAACGACGGUUCUCACAAUGACAACCCUUAGUAUCAGUGCCCGCAAUUCACUGCCCAAAGUGGCCUAUGCAACAGCGAUGGACUGGUUUAUUGCCGUGUGCUACGCCUUUGUCUUCUCCGCCCUCAUUGAAUUUGCCACUGUCAACUACUUCACCAAGCGGGGCUGGGCCUGGGAUGGAAAGAGUGUCGUUAAUGACAAGAAAAAAGAAUCCUCUGUGAUGAAGAAGAACAAUGCCUAUGCUGUGGCUGUGGCUAACUACGCUCCUAACGUCACUAAAGACUCGACGCUACCCACAAUCUCCAAAUGUGCCCCAAGUGAUCCCAGCAAGGCUUACCCUGAGAAGAAACCGGAACAGAACAAGAAAACCUUCAAUAGUGUCAGCAAGAUUGACCGCAUUUCCCGCAUCAUGUUUCCUGUUCUAUUUGGGAGCUUUAACCUUGUGUACUGGGCUACCUACUUGAACAGAGAACCGGUUAUUAAAGAUCUGGAUCAUGCUAAAUGAUCCACAGGGACUCAUUCCAAAUAGCUGAUCAGGAUUUUUCACCAUAUUGUAUUUUUCUUUUGUAAUCCAAAAGCUGUUUACGUACAUAGAAAAUCCCCUUCUUCUCAUUUGACAUUGUCACUCACUGCGUGGGUAACUACUACGACAUACUGUACAACAUAGCGUCAACGAUUUUGAAAAACAAGAAUUUUUUUUUGCACCCAUCCAUCCAACUUCUAUUGCUUAUCUGAGGUCAGGUUGCGGGGGUAGCAUCCUAAGCAGGGAGGCCCAGAGUUCCCUCUCCACGGCUACUUUGUCCAGCUCCUCAUGGCAGAUCAUAAGGCGUUCCCGGGCCAGUUGAGAAACAUAGUCUUCCCACAUGUCCUGGGUCUUCCCCAAGGCCUUCUAGCGGUCGGACAUCCUGAACACCUCCCCAGGGAGGCAUCUGGGAGGCAUCCUGACCAGAUGCCCAAGCUCCCUCCUCUUGCUCCUCUUGAUGCGGAGGAGCAGCGGUUCUACUACAAGUUUCUCCCGGAUGACAGUGCUUCUCACCUUAUCUCUAAGGGAGAGCCCAGCCACCCUACGGAGAAAACUAAUUUUGGCCGCUUGCACCCGUGAUCUUGUCCUUUCAGUCACUACACAAAGCUCAUGACCAUAGGUGAGGGUAGGAACGUAGAUCGACUGAUAAAUUGAGAGCUUUGCCUUUUGGCUCAGUUGUCUCUUCACCACAACGGACCAACGCAGAGUCCGCAUCACUGCAGACGCCGCACCAAUUCGUGAACAAGUCCCAGAGGUACUUGGGGCAGGAUCUUAUCCCCGACCCGGAGAUGGCACUCCACCAUUUUCUGGGUGAGAACCAUGGACUCUGACUUGGAGGUGCUGAUUCUCAUCCCGGCCGCUUCACACUCGGUUGCGAACCGAUCCAAUGAGAGUUGAAGGUCACGGCUCGACGAAACCAGCAGGACCACAUCAUCUGCAAAAAGCAGAGACCCCUGGCUGUGCCUAGAAAUUCUGUCCAUAAAAGUAAUGAACAGAAUCGGUGACAAAGGCCGACUUAUUGCCGGCAAUGCGAACCAAACUCUGACACCAUACAGGGAAGGAACCGUCUGAAUUAGCUCAUCCGAAACCCCAUACUCCCGGAGUACUCCCCACAGAAUUCCUUGAGGAACACGGUCGAAUACCUUCUCCAAGUCCACAAAACACAUGUAGACUGGUUGGGCAAACUCCCAUGGCACUCUCAAGGGCCAUGCCGAGAGUGUAGAGCUGGUUCACAGUUCCACGACCAGGACAGGAACCACUACUCCACUAAUCCCCCUGAAUCUAAGAUUCAACUAACCGGCGGACCGUCCUCUCCAGAACCCCUGAAUAGACCUUACCAGGAAGGCUGAGGCGUGUGAGCCCACGAUAGUUGGAACACACCCUCCGGUCCCCCUUCUUAAAAAGGGAGAUUUUUAAAUUUUACAGUCUCUAUAAUUUCUAUAGUUUUAACAUGAUAUAUACAUGCUCAAAUAUAUACAUAAACCCCCACCAAUAUUCGGCAAGUUUCACUUUGACCAGAUGCUUUUUGUAGCCAUCAGUUAAUGUCUGGCAUAUUUCUGGUUAGCAUUGGAUAUCAUUGACAUAUUAUCCGAUCGAUAACGGUGCCAAAUCCAUACUUUGGAGUGCUUAAACAGCGCCUGAAAGUGAAGUAAACAGUAAGUCAACAUCAUUAUCCCCCUUCGUGAAAUCAGAAGUGUUUAUAGUUUGUGUAUGUCCACAAGAACAAAUACGUCUGCAUUAGGCCAAAUGAACAUUUUAUUGAUUUGUUGAAUUAAUAGAAUAAAGUUUUGAAAAAAAAAAUGCCAUGGCCAAAAUUAUUAGCCCUCUGAUAAUUAAUAGUCAAUAGUAUCGCCUUUUUGAUUCAAAACUGAAAAUAAUGUCUUGUAGUAGCUACUAUCUAAGUUGGCGCAUGUCUGCUGAGGGAUGUUAGCCCAUUCUUCCUCUGCAAAUUUUUCAACAUCAUCCAAAUUUCUUUGCCUCUGAGCAUGGACCCUAAACUUGAACUCCUCGUUCUCCAUAGGAUUGUGAUCUAUGCUCCAUUCCAGAAUCUGGAUUUUGGUGUCCUUCAAAAACUUCCGGACCAGAUUUGAUAUCAUUGUCUUUGAUGUUAUUCUCGAAAAAAUCAACAUAAUUUUCCUUUUUCAUGGUCCUGUGCACCCCAACAAGGUUUUGUGUGCCUGAAGCAGCAAAGCAGUCCCCCCCCCAGCACGAUGCACCCACCACCAUGCCUCUCUGGCAACACUAUUUUGAGGCUUGAAGCUCAGCCUUACUUCGCCAAACAAAAGCAGCAUCCAUUUACCCAAACAGCUCAAGUUUGGUAUCAUCAGCCCAAAGGACCCACUUCCGAAACUCAUCCACAUGUUUCACAUUCUCUCAAGCAAAGUGGAAUCGAGCUUUUCUUGGACGAUGGCCAUGAACAGCCUUCACAGCAGUGACAAUCACUUUUACAGAGAUCGGUGGAUUCUUGAUCACAUCUCAAACUAUUAUUCUUUGCCAAGUUGUGAAAAUCUUGCCCAGAUUUAUUUUUGACAGAAUUAGUUUCUUUGUGCUUUGCAAUGAUGGAAUGCACAGCCGUUCUAGAGAUUGAAGCACUUGGAAAAGGCAAUAGAUGAACAUCUUCUAUCUUCAGUCCGAGGUUCAGACUGAAUUCCUUCCUUUUUGGCAUGAUGAUAUCACUUCUUAACAAAAUUUAGGAGCAAGUCUAGGCCAGUCCCUUUCCAUCAAGUGGUCAGGUGAUACUAAUCCUGCUUCUUGGAGUCACUAAAAUAAGAUUAUGUGUUAAUUGACUGUUCAGGUGUGUUUCAACUCUAACUGACUGCUUAGGUGUAGGGAUGUAAAUCUGUUUGUGGUAGACAAUUUGAAACACAUUGUAGAUACGAUUCAAAAACGAUAUAUUUUAAAAACAGAACGAUUUGAUGCAGUGUACAAACAAUACGAUUCAACGGUUACCUUUGUUGAUGUUGACAUUAAUCUUGCAUUCUAAAAUAAAGUAGCCAUUUUUUUAAAAGUGGCAUUAUUACAGUAUUUGCAAAUGUGCAAAAGAGCACAUCAUAUCCCCAAGCAUGCUGUAAGGCAAGGGUCCCUAACCACCGGGUUGUGGGAGACGUAAUCAUUUGGAAAUAAAUACAUACAAUUUUAUUUAAAUGGAUAUCAAUUUUGGAAAUAUGGGCCAUUAUUUUAUUCCAAAAAUAAUCAAUCCCAGAGUUUUUGCAUAUGUUGUUUGUUGCAAGCGGCGACUCAUCCCACUUUGCUCGACGAUCCUUGAACGCCCCAUCUAACUUUCUCCCACACUGCACAGAUAGACCACUAUACUGUAUUUUUCCCCUUUUUCUUUCACCUAAUAUUUGGUCCGAAAUGCUGAUACUAUGCACAAAGGUAAGCUUUGAUUACGUUAUCGAGUGCUAAUGUGCAUGUUUGUUGGUGCAUUAUUAUUUUGGUGUGAAUCACAGUAUCGGGGGAACUAUGGUGGAGGUCUGCGCUCUCCGAAUGCUUCUCUAGUUGUAGCUAAAUUCAGCCAAGGAAUAUAGUAGGGAUUGUUGAAUUGUAAUAGUUGACACCCAAUUGAAACAUUUGAAUUGUUCAAAUUGAAUGGCAAAAAGGUACGCUUUUGGAAAUAAGCUACCUCCUUAACACCUGUUUACCCGACACCCAAUAUUUGGGGAAGCCAUUUCUUGGGAUAGUCGCAUGACUUUGUGUAUGUCACGUAGGAACGUACUGAGUUCGGGUCAAGCACAAAGCUUUCAAGGACCAAUGUUGGAAUAUUUAAAGUGUCGGUGACCCAUGAGUUAUUACGAUUACGGGUUCUUAUGUGUUUAAGUGUCCUCUACGUAAAACACAUUUUGUAAGCUUAUACUAGACACACAGUGACGUCCAUGUUUAAAAAAAAGAAAAUAAAAAAAUUCCCUUCAGUCUUAACUAAUAUGUGUGUGAAGGAAAAUGCACGAUAAAAUUUGUAUUCGAGCUGAGUUGUGUAUUUCUAUUCCACUGUGAAUGAAGCAGAUAAAUGCAUUUCAGGUUCAUGGCUGGUGAGGCGCUGACUGCUUUGGAGUCAGUCACCCAGUUCAGGUGCUGCAGAGUACAGUCUGCUUCACCUUAUGACAUUUCUCUGUUUAUUGUUGGAUAGUGAAAGAAUACACACUUCUAUCAAGUACAUUACACAGACACAGACUGGAGAAAUUUGUGGUGUACUUUGCGCUUCGAAUUUCACGGCUUCACUCUAUCAAAUGAUGCUGUUUUGUGGUUGAAUAAGGCCUAUUAUUAGUCAAAAAAUCUGCAUAUUUAAGCAAACUGUAUGCGGUUUUUGCCUAAAUUAAGCAUUUUCAAGCAUAAAAUGGCUAAAUGAACUCAAAUGCAAAUACACUCCUGAUUUAAAAAAUUUCAGACCGCUUCAAAAAUUGCACAACUUUACAUUUUGCACUGUUGGAUCUUAAGGAGGUUCUAAGUGCAGCUUCAAAAUGUAAAAAGAAGAAAUGGGAGUGAGACAAAAAAAAAAUGGAGUAAGCAAUUUAUUGCAAACACGCAUUAAAGUGAAAAUCAAAAGUUUAAGACCACAGCCUUGAAAAUCCAAACUCUUGGCAAAAAUGUGCAUUCAGUGACAUUUUCUGUCAGGUAUUCACACUGUCACGAUCUCUUGAUGGCAAAGGCAAAAAUGCGGUGGGAUUGUUGAGCUGCAUGAGCAAGGCUGCUGAGGUUGGCCGCAGUAAGACAGUCAUCCUAAACUUCUUCAAACAUCCUGAGGGUUAUGAAACAAAAAAGUCAAAUGGUAGACCCAAAGAAAUGUCACCGGUCCUGAGCCGGAGGAUCCGAUUGGCUGUCGUCAAGAUCCAUCCUCAGCCCAUAUGAAAGUUGUUACUGGUGUCGAGUGCAGUCCAAUAACCAUCUGACAGCAUCUGCAAGAGAAGGGGUUUAAGAACAAAAAGUCUUCAAAGGCCUCGUCUCCUUCAACGCCACAAAAAUGCCUCUUUGGAAUUUGCACGAGAGCACCAAAUAUGGGACAUUGAAAGGUGGAAGACAGUUUUUAAAAAAAUGUAACCUUGACAGUCCUGAUGGCUUCCAACAUUACUGGCAUGACAAGGAGAUCCCUCAUGAGAUGUUUUCCACAUGGCACAUCGGAGGGGGGGACCAUCAUGGUCCUUCAAUGGAACAAUGGAGCUUCAGGUUGUGCAGGGGCGUCAAACGGCAGCUGGCUAUGUGGAGAUGUUGCAGGGGGCAUGUCUCACGACUGAAGACCGUCGUCUUUGUGGUAAUGAUUUUUUUCAACAGGACAGCAGUUCACAAAGCCCACUUGACAAAAGACUUCUUCCAGGGGAAUAACAUCAGUCUAUUGGACCAUCCUGUGUGUUCCCCUGAUCUAAAUCCAAUUGAGAACAUUUGGGGAUGGAUGGCAAGGGUAGUUUACAAAAAAUGGACAUCAGUUCCAGACAGUGGAUGCCCUCCGUGAAGCCAUCUUCACCAUCUGGAGCAACAUUCCCACUAGCCUCCUGGAAACACUGGCAUCAAGCACGCCCAAACCCAUUUCUAAGGUGAUUAACAAGAAUGGCACCACUACUCAGUAUUGACUCCUUUUUUUCUGUCUAUUUAUUUAUUUUUCAAGCUUUGGUCUUAAACUUUUGAUCAGCUGAUGAACAGCCUGUUUCACUUCAAUGCUUGUUUGCAAUAAAUUGCUUACUCAAAAUUUUAUUGUCUCACUCCCAUUUCUUCUUUUUGCAUUUUGAAGCUCUGCUUAGAACCUCCUUAAGAAUUUUUCAACUGGUCUUAAAAUUACGAUGACAAGUGUAUAAAGGAAUUAGGAAGACUGCUCGACUCGGCUCGUCACUUCUUCACCUCUGGUUUCUGCUCUGCAUUUGAUUUUGAGAAAUGUGCAAAUUCACCCAUUUUUACUUAAAACAUGUAUUUUUAAAAAAAUGAUCUGAAUCAUACAGAAAAGACAUUUAUAACACAGAUGGCGACUAACAUUUGAUAGCACUAUAUUGAAAGUUUUUUUUAAUUUAAAAAUGUAAAUAUCCCAUGUGAAUAUUUUUUUAUUUCCUUUGUCAUUCAUGAAAGCAGACCUCUUAUGUGUUGGCUCCAUCUCAGACUUAACCAAUUGCUCAGUUAAUUCAAAGGUUCAGAUUAAUCGACUAAGAAAAUAAUCGCUAGUUGCACACCCAGUUGAAAGUCGUGUUGGCUUUUGGGAAACACGUACCUCAAGUCACUCUGCCCGUCGUUGCACUUUUAUUUUUCAGUCGUUCCAUUGCUGCUUUGUGGGAAAAGAAGUGACACCUCGCCCCACAACACCGGCUAGCUACUAGCCAGCUAGCGACUAGCUUCACCACACAAUCAGUGAGAGUGCCGCGCUCACAAUGCCUCGGGUCACUACCGAAAGGUGACGCUACAUAUUGGAGCUGCAGCCACUGCUGCUGUGUUUUUGUUUUUUAAUUUUGGAAAAGUUAACACUCGGUGUAGACGCUCGUUUUUAUGUUGCUAUGUGAAAUCAAUGCGCCCAGGAAGGAAGGAAGGAAGUGACGUCGGGGGUUCAGAGUUGAGUUUUAGUUUGGCAUGGAUUACGACUGCAACAGUAGCCUGUUAGGGAUUAUUGUGCCUGUUGUGAGAUCAUUUAAACCUGCAAUAAAAGCCUGUUGUUGAGGCGAUGAAGUCGCUUGUGUGUCUCACCGAACAUUACAGAAACAAUACUGACACCUAGUGACGAGUGUAGAAUACUACAUCUCAUCACGUCUCUGAACACGUCUUCUGAAUGCCUUAUAUUUGUAUUUUACAUCACAUAGCCAUCUUUAUGCUUGAAAAUGCUUAAUUUAGGCAAAAAAUAUGUCAAAUUUACUUCUAAAAUGGAUGUUUUUUUUACUAAUUAUAGGCCAUAUUCAACCACGAAACAGCACGAUGUAUUAAUAUAUUUUUGAAAAAAAACGUGAUAGAGUGAACCCGCAAAAUUCAAAGCAUGAUGAGGCGAGUUAUUCCUGUACGUGUUUGUGACCCAUAAGCUCACCGGUAGAAAUGUGGUAUCACUGACAUGAACUGUUUUGUUUGAUGAUAUGAUAUUGUAAGCUGCUGAUGUCCAUGUUUUGUUGUUAAUCAAAAAAAUAA